AAAUAAAUUCCCGCAAUUUGAGAGGGACGCAGAAGAAUAAGCAUAUUUGUGAAUGGAAAACCAAAGGCAGCAGUAGUAAUGGAAGCUAACCAAAGACGCAGAAAGCCUCUUUCCGAUUGCACCAACACUUCUUCUUCCCUCAAACCUCACAAAACCAACCCUACUUCUUCUCCUUCUUCUUCUUCUUCUUCCGCACUCAAUAAACCUAAAACCAUCUCUUCUACCACCACCAAUCUCGAUACUGUCACAAACCCUACCUCUCUUUCACCGCCUACUCCCUCCACAACACCUCUCCACGGGACUGUUGAUGUUGAAGCUUCUGAGCCUAUUUCAGUAGUCUACAGCCGAAGGACUUGUUCCAGAAAACGAAGGAGGGAUAAAGGGAAGGCAGUGGCUGUUCCUGAAAGUAGGACACCCAAUUUCAAGCUCUCCAAUACUCGUGAAAAAAAUGAUGAGUUUGAAGGUGUGAACCUACCCAAAGCCAAGGCAUUGACAGUUCCUCGUACAAAGAAACAGCGUGCUUUGUCAUCUGAAAAAGAUAUGUUCAAGGAUCCUCAGGUGCAAGAUUUUAUUGAAAAACAGAAAGCAUACUUUAAAGAGAUUGACGAAUUUGAACUGCUAGUGGAGGCUAAAUCUGAUGAUGACUCUGAUGAGUUGGAUUAAGCGUAGAGAAGUAAAAAAAACUAUAUAUAGCAGUUUGAAACAUUUUUGUCUUGGAAGGUUGUAUAGUUGUGGUAUAGUAUUUUCACGUUGAAGUAACUACCUCGGUGUCAUCUCUUUUGACCAAAUGUAUGUAUGUAAGUUCUUAAUAAUCUUUUGUAAUAGUCUAGUGGGAACAAUCAAAGUUUAAACCGUUUAGUCUAACACAUUAAUUGUCCUUGGAAAUUCUUUCUUAUUUCUCUUGUAAAUUUCUUUUAGUAGUGUGGUAGUAUUCUUAUA